GUGGUUGACACUUGACAUAAACAGAUGUUUGUGUUGUCGAAUGUCGAUUUGUCAAUAUUGAAUUGAAUUAUAAUAUUUUAGAUAAAAUAAAUAAAGAAGAUUGCUUUACUGUUAGUUUUAUUUAUAAUAUAGUCCGACUAGUUGUUUGUCUCUGUGAUUCUCUUUUAUACAUAAUAAUUUAUAAACUACUCUCAAUUAUUUAUAAAAUGACCAAGGAACAUCUUGAGAAACCACAAUGCCAGUUCUUCGUUGUAAGAAAGAAGCGUUUAUGUCGUAUGACUGUACGACCAGGUAGAAAUUAUUGUGGCGAACAUGAGCCGCAGCCGCAAACUGAAGAAGGUCAGGAUGACACUCGUGUACCGUGUCCAAAUGAUCCAAAACACACCUGCUACGUGAGCAAGCUGGAGAAGCAUCUUGCAAUAUGCAAUGCUCGUCAGCAAGAGAUACCAGAGUAUAUAAAACAUGAUGUGAAUGCUCCUCCUGAAACUGGACCAGAAAGAAAGCCACUCUCUCAAACACCUCUGAUAAGCAUUAUGAAACUCAUUGAUAAAGUCAAUUAUUUAUAUGAAAAGCACAUUAAAAAUGAAAUGGAAACACUAUCAGAGAGAGAUAUCCACACAGCAGUGCAAGAGGAGUGGCAGACAGAAGGACGCACAGAGAGCUCUCUGCGACAUUUGCGACAGGCCUCCCGACUCAUGUUCCUAAUUGAAGAUGAAUCUCUAGUGCAGGAUAAUACUUGCUAUGUUGAACUUGGCGCUGGAAAAGGUCACCUUUCAUAUUUCGCGUGGCAGGCGUGGUGCUCGCCGCCGAGUCGCAGUCGCGUGCUGCUCGUCGAACGCGCCGCACUCAGACACAAACGAGAUAACAAAAUACGAGAUGUCCUAUUGAAUCAAACUAAUGAGAAACCUGUUCAAAAUGUUGUUAACAAUGCAGACCAUAAUCAAGUUGAUAAUGAGCAAGUAAAGAAAAUUGAAAACAAUAUUGAAAAUGGCAAUAUAAUUGGAGAUAGAUCAAAUGUAAAUGAUGAAAAUAAGUCGGAUGAUUUAUCAUUUAGAUUGAGAGCUGAUUUAGCUCACUUGGUGCUAAAUGCCGUGCCUGCUGUGAAGGUGUGUGAUGCAGUUGUGGGUUUUGCUAAACAUCUAUGUGGAGUUGCUACAGAUUUCUCCCUGCGUUGUCUGACUGCACCGGGCUCGCUCGACAAAGUGCGCGGGAUCGUACUGGCGACGUGCUGCCAUCAUAGAUGCAUGCGCGGCGCUUAUGUAGCCAACCAGCAACUUGCGGAGUUGGGUGUAGAUGCUGAUGAUUUCAAUGUUAUUCUUGGCGUGGUAUCGUGGGCAACAUGCGGGGAUGGAAGGAGCCGGGACAAGAAACUAGACUCAAGCCCUGACAAAGAAAAUAAACCCCUCAAUAGUGAAGAUUUAGAAAAAGAAGUGGGAACCAAAUAUUUAGGACUGUCCCGCGAAGCUCGGGAGGAAGUGGGACGACGGGCCAAAGCGUUGCUGGAUUGGGGACGGGUCUUAUACCUCAGAGGUUGCGGCUUCGAUGCUCGUCUCGCGUAUUACGUCCCCAGUUCCGUUUCACUCGAAAACGUUUGUAUCAUAGCAAGAAAAUAAUAAAACAUUGAAAUGCA